AUGAACUCUAAAGUUGUGUUCAAGCAUCCACAUUAUCUACGGCUGAUCACUUGGUUGGAUAUUGCUGCAAUGAAGUAUCUUGCAUAUCGUGGUUGGGAUACUGCAUCAGAGGCUUUGGCCAGAAAUUCGGUCAUCGGGAUUGCAGAACUCAGUCAAUUUUAUUCACAUCAAGGAAACCUAGUGGACUCGACGACAGCAGCUCAAAUUCAACUGUCCACAAUGCUGAUUUCCACACUCAUAUUCAAGCGAACUGUGAUCGAAUCCCGUAAACGUCCACAAGGAAAUAUGCGUCCAAAAGUUAGAGUGGAUUUCGCCAAUCUUUUAACGAACAAGUGGCCUCGAACACAAACUGAAAGGUUUCUGAAUCAACUGUUCCCGCAUCCAGAGGUUCAAAUUUUGGCUAUCCUCGAAGCACUGAGUUUAGCCCCUGGAACACGACGCAGUCUGAUCAAUCCAAGCACGCCAGCUGACGAAAAUGACUGGGAAUUGAAUGAUGUGUACACAGAAUUGUUGAUGGCUGCUCUCGAGUUGAUUUACCGUGAGUCCACGCUGAUCAAUAUCGAAUAA